AUGCCUUCCUUUUACCCACCAUUCUUGAUGGCGUCCACUCUACCAGACCAUUGCACGCCAACCUCUCCCUUCCUGUCCGAGCUAUCGUUAUACCUUGGCUUCUGCAUACCCAGUCCUCUCGCCGCGCUCUCUACCCUCCUCGGCACACUUUCAAUAGUGUCAUGGCUAUUCGCACAGAUGCCACAGAUUUUCAAAAACUACUAUAUCAAAUCGACCGCCGGGCUGUCGAUUUUCUUCUUGAGCGAGUGGUUAUUAGGCGAUCUGGCCAACCUCCUCGGCGCCAUCUUCACCAAGCAAGCCGGCUGGCAGGUCAUAGUUGCAACCUACUACGUCUUCGUUGAUAUGUGCCUAGUGUUUCAAUACUUCUGGUACAGUUACGCCGCAAAGUGGAUAUAUGAGGAAAGUCUCCAUUCCACUGGGGAUAGUGAUAUCGACGAUGCAGACAGUGCCAUAAUAAACGGGCUGUCGCCCAUCAACUCAAAUUUCGGCAGCGAUGCACCACUACCCGAGGACUCUAAUGACUUUACUCCGAAACAAUCGGAUCCCAGAGACGUCAACGUUCCUCAUUUCUCCGCGGUAAACUACCGUGAAAAGAAAGCAGCUCCCCAAGAUAUCGUCUAUGGGGAUAAAUUUGGCUCGAGUUGGAUUGCUUCGCCUUCGCCACGCACUCUCCUUUACGCCGCAACCAUGGCUUCCAUGGCCUCAAAUGUGGCAGCUGCUCCAGUGGCUUUUCCUUCGGACCACUAUGUCCAUGGAAUUCAUCUCUUCCGUGUCGGUACUCCUCUUGAGGUCGCCGGCACUGUUCUGUCGUGGUGUUCUACCUUUCUGUACCUGGGCUCAAGAUUACCUCAACUAUACAAGAAUUGGCAACGACAGUCAACUGCCGGCCUCUCGCCUCUUCUGUUCAUCGCUGCAUUUUGUGGAAAUUUCUUUUAUUCUGCGUCCUUGAUCACCAAUCCAAAUGCGUGGAAUGACUACGAACCUUAUGGACAUCACGGCUGGGUAGACGCAGAUGGGAACCAGAGAUGGGCAUGGGUAGCUCGAGCAGCUCCCUUCUUUCUUGGGGCUGCAGGAGUGCUAAUGAUGGACGCUUUGAUGGGAGCCCAGUUCAUCAUGUAUGGGGAGCGUGAAGACAGGAUCGUGAAGCCACUGGGAGCGAGUCAAUGGUUGGAUGAGAGGUUGGAUUCCCGCAAUGGUCGGGAAGGACAGAGUGGUGGAUAUGGCUCAAAGCCAGCGAUUAUUGCAUGA